AUGAUACACACUGCAAAUCCUGUAUCAAAUCGCAUCAGUCCCGAAGAAGCUCGACGCAUUCACACCGAAGCUAUAACAAGGGACUUCAGGGUAGAGCCACGAUUAGAUUACAGAACUGUUGCUGGUGUGAAUGGACCAUUGGUUAUUCUCGACAAUGUCAAGUUCCCCAGGUUUGCAGAGAUUGUAACUCUGACUUUGCCUGAUGGUACCAAGCGUCAAGGUCAAGUAUUGGAAGUUCAAGGAAAGCGUGCUAUUGUUCAGGUGUUUGAAGGAACAUCAGGUGUCGAUGUCAAGCAAACUCGAGUAGAAUUCACUGGCGAAACAUUGAAGAUGCCCGUAUCAGAAGACAUGCUUGGUCGAAUAUUCAACGGGUCUGGAAAAAGUAUCGACAGAGGUCCAAAGGUCUUUGCGGAAGACUAUCUUGAUAUCCAAGGAAUGCCCAUCAAUCCCUUCUCCCGUAUCUAUCCUGAAGAAAUGAUUCAGACCGGUAUUUCUGCUAUUGAUACCAUGAACUCUAUUGCUCGUGGUCAAAAGAUCCCCAUCUUCUCGGCUGCUGGUCUACCACACAAUGAAAUUGCUGCUCAAAUUUGUCGACAAGCAGGUCUAGUCCGAAAGCAAGGCAAAGAUGUACUGGAUAUGCACGAAGACAACUUUGCAAUUGUCUUUGGUGCCAUGGGUGUCAACAUGGAAACUGCACGUUUCUUCAAACAAGACUUUGAAGAGAAUGGAUCUAUUGAACGAACUUCCCUCUUCCUCAACCUGGCCAAUGAUCCAACCAUUGAACGUAUUAUCACGCCACGUCUAGCAUUGACAACCGCUGAAUACUUGGCCUACCAAUGUGAAAAGCACGUCCUAGUCAUUUUGACUGAUAUGAGCUCCUAUGCUGAUGCCUUGCGUGAAGUAUCAGCUGCUCGUGAAGAAGUUCCUGGACGUCGCGGUUAUCCUGGUUAUAUGUACACGGAUUUGUCCACCAUCUACGAACGUGCUGGUCGUGUCGCUGGUAGAAACGGUUCCAUUACUCAGAUACCUAUUCUUUCUAUGCCUAAUGAUGAUAUCACUCACCCAAUUCCCGAUCUGACUGGAUACAUUACUGAGGGACAAAUCUUUGUUGACAGACAAUUGCACAAUCGUCAGGUCUACCCGCCGAUCAACGUGCUCCCAUCAUUGUCUCGUUUGAUGAAAUCAGCUAUUGGAGAGGGCAUGACUCGAAAAGAUCACGGUGAUGUGUCAAAUCAACUGUAUGCGAAAUAUGCUAUCGGAAAAGAUGCAGCAGCAAUGAAAGCCGUCGUUGGUGAAGAAGCUCUCAAUCAGGAAGACAAACUGUCUCUUGAAUUCUUGGAAAAGUUUGAAAAGACCUUCAUUUCACAAGGAUAUAACGAGUCUCGAACCAUUUUCGAGUCACUGGAUUUAGCAUGGUCUUUACUUCGAAUCUUCCCCAAGGAAAUGCUCAACCGUAUUCCACAAAAGGUUUUGGCGGAAUACUAUGCUCGUGAAAGGAAGAGCAAGAUGCCAGAAACUGCUGAAGCAAAAUGCCCAAAGUUUACAGAUGUUGUGAUUCUUACUUCGCUUGAUGGUGCUAAAUUGCAUGUCAAGUACUGGACGCUCAAGAGAAACAUGAUAUUAGCAAGGUGCCCUCAAAGUGUCAUUUACGUAUCACUCAUCAGGACAUUCCCGGUGUUUGAGAGAACAUCCGGUGCUGAUAUUACUCGAGUACAAUGCACUGGCGAGACACUCAAGAUGUCUGAAUCAGAGAAUGCUUUGUCGAAUACUUAA